CCUUGGACAUUAACAUUGCUAAACAUCCAAGCUGCGAAUAAUACAUUCUGACCUUCGAAUAAUCCCCCACACGCAUCUUCGAUUCGUCUCCCACCCGAUUGACAAGAUGGCUCCAAACAUGACCCUCUUCUCCGUCAAUGCCAUCUUGGUCAUGUCGGCAGACGACAAAGACUCCGGCAGACUGCUUGCGAAGUACUACUCCGCUCCCCACCCGCCAGCUGGCCUUUCGUCCAACUCGACCGAUUUUCCCGGGGCAAACCCGUAUCCCAACACGAAGGAUCAAAAGGCGUUCGAGAAGGGUCUCCUGGAGAAGACCGCGAAACAGACCAGCGAUGUGAUUCUAUACGAUAAUCGAGUGGUGGUGUUCAAGAUGGAAAAUGAUGUGAUGCUCUACGUGGUCGGUCCCGCCGAGGAGAACGAGAUCCUCCUUUACCACGUCAUCGCGUGCUUAAGAGAGGCACUGUAUACCCUUCUCAAGGGGUCGGUGGACAAGCGGUCGAUAGUCGAGAAUUAUGAUUUGGUGUCGUUAGCCAUCGACGAGAUUGUGGACGACGGAAUUGUUCUGGAGACGGAUGCUACGGUGGUGGCCUCAAGAGUGAGCCGACCGCCUGUGCACGACGCCGCUGCUGCGAGCAAUAUCGAUCUAUCGGAACAAGGACUACUCAACGCAUGGGAUUUCCUCAAGAUGAAGGGACAAGAACGGCUACGACAAGGAUUUUGAGUGAUUUUCGGUGGGCGUACGGUUCACUGGCGUAUGUGGGGUUAUGGGUGGGAUAUUGGUUGCAAAGUCAACAUGCAGGCGAUGCAAUGUACCAUCUCAGGAGCAGUUGACUAUAGAUGGGAAAGGCCAUAGGCUGCGGCACUCCAACUUGAAACG